CAACGUGUGUGCCUCUCCUAAGCAAAAGACAGAUCUCCACACCACUAGCUCGGCCUCCUUUCCAUCUUCAGAAGCAACAACUCUCCAAGAUCUGUCUGUCGAUCUAUCUAUCUAUGUGUCUAUCUUCUUCUUCGUAGGAAGAAGAGAUAAGAAAAGAGAGAGAGAGGAAAAAAAAUGGGAGGGCAUUCGCCGUGCGCGUCGUGCAAGUUGCUGAGGCGCCGGUGCGCGAAGGACUGUAUCUUCGCUCCUUACUUCCCGUCCGACGACCCCCACAAGUUCGCCAUCGUUCACAAGGUCUUUGGUGCUAGCAACAUUAGCAAGAUGUUGCAGGAGCUUCCGGUUCACCAGAGGGCCGACGCGGUGAGCAGCCUGGUGUACGAAGCGAGCGCGAGGGUCCGUGACCCGGUCUACGGAUGCGUGGGCGCCAUCUCCUUCUUGCAGAACCAGGUGUCUCAGCUGCAGAUGCAGCUCGCGGUGGCUCAAGCAGAGAUCCUGUGCAUCCAGAUGCAACAAGACUCGUCAGUGAUGCAGCUCCCGCGCAUGAUGGACGCCCCCGACGACGACAAGUCAUCGUCGUCGUCGUUCCUUCUCCCAAAUAACCUCGCCCACUUCCUUAGCUUCUCCCCGGCCUCUUCAGGCAAUGUAACCCAGGACCACUCUCUCAGGAGAGAGACCAUUCUCGGACACGACGUGGUCUCUUAGCAUAUGAUAUUCUGAUAUAUAAUGAAGAAGUAUUUCUUAA